AUGAUCGGGGCAUACGUAAACAAUGGCUUGGACGAGCACGCUCUGGAUCUCUAUAAGCGAAUGGCGCCGGCUCUUCCAAGCGCCGUCACCUUUGUCUCGGUGCUCGAGGUGUGCUCCAGCUUGGUGGACGUGAAUUCUCUCCAUGGCCGGAUCAAAGAGCUCGGGCUGGAAACCAAUCCAGUCGUCGCCACCGCGCUCAUCAACGCGUUUAGCGCUGCUGGAAGCUUGCUCUCGGCGGAAGAAGCCUUCCACUGCGUGGAUUGCAAGGACGCUGUGUGCUGGACGUCGAUGAUCACCGCAUUUGCCAGGAAUGGAGACGGCAUUGGAGCUCUCAAGACGUUCUCGCGGAUGAACUUGGAAGAGAAAGCUCUCUUAGAGAAAGCUCUCCAAGCGCGAGAAUGGUCGCGAAUUUGGCCAAGUGACUUGAAAAGUGUAGGCAUUAUUCUGGGGUUCUUUUGGGGAGCUUCGCGAUUUGGCGAUGGGUAA